UUUUACAAAUAAUCGACAGUCGUGUGAGAUCGGUUGCGCAACGAGCCGUGCGGAUAAAAUCAAUACAAUCGUAAUUUUGCGUGGACUGAUGGAAAAAUGUGUCGAAUAAAAACUGUUUGUGUUCUCCUAUGUGUGGUACUUUGCUAUUUUGAAGCACAAGGGGCCGACAAAUACACAGAUGAGAACCGACCAUAUGAAUUUGGUUUCACGAUUGAUGGAGAGCAGCAUCGUCAUGAGAAAAAAGAUGAAAAUGGCAUCAUAAUGGGCGAGUUUGGUUUCAUUACUGCUGACGGUGUCUAUCAUGUAACAGUAUACGCGACGGACGAAAAUGGGAACUUUAAAAUAAUAUCUAUAAAGAAUAUUCGUGUUAAGCCUUAUCCAACUGCCCCUGAUACUGGAGGAAGACAGGGACAUUCACUUUCUUUUUCACCGACAAAACAAGCAUCUACACCACAAACGACAACCAAAAAUAAACAAAUCAAACAAGAGAUUAGUUCUUCUAUAAAAGCGUGUUCUGGUUGCAAAAUACCCACCACAACUACUACAACAACGCCUCAACCAAACUUGGCAAGUCCAGUUGUGGUUAAUAAAAAUAAUAAUUAUAAUAAUCAGUUCCCAGCCACUGGGAACUCUCAAACUUUAACACAAAAUAACAACAAUCAACAAGCUUUUAGACAAACUGAAAAUUCAUUUAUCCAACAACAAUCUUCACAGCCAAAUCUAAAUCAACCAAAUCCAAAUUACCAACAAGGGUCGAUUUCAAGUCAACAACAGCAAAAUGUGCCUCUUCCUCAAAAUUAUCCAAAUCAGGGAGUUGGUCAAGAAAAUAAUGUACAAAACGUACUUAAUCAACAAAACUACCAGCAAGAUGAAUUUAAUGUAGGACGGAAGUAUCUGCAAAAGUCACAACAAACUUAUCAGCAAAAGCCAAGCAUUGGACCAAAUUCUUUAAUACCAUCUAGUGUAGGAUCAAAUAUUCAACAAGGGUUCAAUGUUGAACAACAACAAAAACAAGGAAUAAUAGAUGGUCAAUAUCACUUACAACCUCCUUAUGAAGCAAUAAAUGAUCAGCGAACUUCAAAUCCUUCUCAAAGUUAUCCACAGCAGUCAAACACAAACGUACAAAAUUCAGGCCAAAACUAUCAGGCUAAUGCAGCAUUGAAUCAUGCACAAGUAUCAAAUACAAAUGGUAAUAACUAUGUUCAAAAUAAAGUUAAUCUAAAUGAACCUGAAAUCAUUAGUCAACCAAAAGGAGAUAGACAGCCAAAAACCUUUAUGGAUAUUUUACAAAGAGUUAACCCAGAACAAGAAUACAAAUCAAUAGCUACACCUACUUCACCAACGGCUAUUCAACAAAAUACUGGAAAACCAGUUCUUGUUGCAGCACAAAUGCAAGUAGUUAAUAAAAAUACUGAUGUUUACCACAGAAAUGAAGGAGAAAAAGAAGGUUUGCCAGCUGGUGUAACGAAGGGUGAUUUGACUGAUCUUUUAUAUACAUUUAACUAUACGGUAGGUUUUCACGGUCAUCAUGAAGAAGGAUACAGAAGUGGAGCGAAAAUUGGAUACUAUUAUGUAACGGCCAGGAAUGGUGUUAAAACCAGAGUAGAUUAUGUAGCAGAUGAAAAAGGAUUCCACCCACGAAUUUCUCAGGAGACUUUAGAUAUACAAUCCGAUGAAGUGCCAAAGCCUGAAACAGAAAAGGAAGCGAAGUAUGGUCUUAAAGGUUAUGAAUUUAAAUGGCUUUACUAUCCGGUCGAUUCCAAAUAAGAAAAUAAUACGAAAAAAAAAUAAUGAGUAAUUUUUAAAGGUAAUGUACAAAUUAAAAGUAUAUCUAUGAUUGUAUGUAAAACUAUUCGGUUUAUACACGUUGUACAUUUUUAAACUAAUGAUGCAUCUAACAUUUCUAAAAGUCUAUGUUCAAUGAAAGUUCUCAAAAUAUCGAUUGUAUAUGAAUUGAUUUUUCUUUAAUGUUUUUUUUAAUUCGCGAUGUUUUAUUUGUUGGCUAUUCGGAAUGGAGACAAAUCUAUUAAAUCUCGUUCCGUCGCACAGAAAAUGUAUUACCUGGUUACCCAGUUAGCUACCAGAAUCAAGAAUUUAGUAAAUAAAAAGCUUGAGCGUGUCAUCAAUAUGAAGCUACUCACGGAAAGUUAACUUGAUAUAAAAAUGUUUCACGGAUCCUGGGCUAGUUGCUAAUGGAACGUUUAAAAUUAUCAAAUUGUUGUCAAUGAAAAACCAGUAAGCGCAUGAAUUUUGAUACAAUGUUUAGUAUAGAGUUUGGCUAACAAAAGUAGACUGAAAUCGCCCGCAAAAUUUUGAAAAAUCGGAGUAGAUUCUCGAAAUUAUAGUGCAAAUAUUGGAAUAACUGAGUUUAAUUCUUAUAGUAUAGAUAGAAAUGUAUUCACAAACAAAAAAAAUAUCUAAGCAAAUUAUGAAAACGAUUGUUUUUUUAAUUUGUUUAAAUGACUUUUUAAAUAUGGCAGUCGAUUUCAGUCUCUACUUUCACUAGCUAAACUCUUAACUCUUAGUAUUUUGAAUAUGCAGUAAGUGAUAAGUAAUAUAUGAAUAAGCACUGCCAUGUAAGCUGCCAUUUAAUUUACCUACUCGUAAUUUUAAUAUUUUAAUUAGAUAUUAAAUAAGUAUUAAGUUAAUA